AUCUUUUGGGAGCAUUGUUUAUUAAGCGCUUAACAUGGGAAAAUCCGUUUCUUAUCAGAUUAUUUCAUCAGUUAUUCUGAUCAACGUCGGAAUUAGCUUCGCGAUAAAUCAACUUCCUCCUGAAGGAGUAACGACAACAACACAACCUCCUACAGUGUCACUGCCUAGGGUAGAGCUUCCUGAAGGAAUAGGACCUAAGCUACUGCAAAGUUCGCCGAAACCAGUUAAUUUUGGGUCGAGUGUUGUGCGUUCUGAUGGAAGUUUCAACUUUGUUACCAUUAGCACUGGCGUAGACAUUCAAAUUGAAGGUUUCCUGAAGGAUGUAAACGGAACUCGAUCAUUAGUUCUCACCGGAGAAUAUACUUUUCUGAAUUAUUCAAGAUCUUUUCGAGCGGAUGAAAAUGGGUUUCAGGUAUACCUACCCAUAGUUCCAGCGCAAUUGCCAAUCAAAGUACUCCAAACUAUUACCGGAAGAUAAAUGAACAUGAGCUUCAUAAUAAUUGUACGCUAAGCGCGCAAAUAUAUGUAAAUAUUUUGUGGUUGAUUGAAUAAAUGAAUAAAUAAACAUUAUCGGAAAAAAAGAA